CUCUGCGCGACUCGGGCGGGCAAUUUUGAAGGCAGCGCUGUUGUUGUCAUCGAGUGGAGUUUGUCGUGAAUCACCUGAAAGGUAAACUGGUUGCUUUUACCGGAGUGAGUACAGUAUGAACGAAGGGACGCCUCACAGCGCGAUGAAGGAGUUAAAUCAGCUUCACAACCCGCAGCGGAGACGUUCGCCGCGGCUUAGUUCUCCGCUGAAAAGCGUCAACAAAAUGGCGCUAACGUCCCUAGCAGUUCAGCGCUCCAUCACUGUGAGGAAAAUAGCUCCCAGAAAAACUGCCGCCCCAUCAGAACACAACAAGGAGAACACGCCGAAGCGGCCCGUAGACAUCGAGCAGAAGAAGCCAAAGGUCUCAACGCCUGAUCCGAUCCCGGAUUGCAGGGCCUCCUCCUCUUCCAAGAAGAAGAAGAAGAAAGCCACAAUGCCCUCUCCGAUUCUCUCCUCAUCCCCACCGGCCUCCUCUCAGCCCCAGCAGCCGGCAGCAGAUCCAGAGGACGCAGUGUGGUCGCAGAAAGUCCGCCGAUCCUACAGCAGGCUCAGCGACAGGUCCCUCAGCAGCGCCGACCCUCGCGACACUUUAUUCGGCUUUGAGAAGCUGAGGACCCCCGAGGUGGUCCGGAGGGUUGAGCAAUCCAGAACCGCCCUGGAAUUGUCCGGGUGUGGUCUGAACUCAUUCACGUCUUUACUGGAGCCCGAGGACUGUGGCUCAGGCUUCCCCGAGCCGGACCCGAACAUCCCCGGGGUGGUCGUGGUGAAGGAGAAGAGGAGGAGGAGGAAGGUGCAGCCGAUCGACUCCUCGGAGCUGGAGGUCCUGGCCGCGAAGAUGAACGCGGAGUUUGAGGAGGCGGAGGAGUUCGAGCUGGUGGUGGAGUAAAACCGGACUGUGGAGCAUCCCAGACAAGCCCAGAUUCUGGAUUUAAUCCCGCGAAGUGUUCCUGUUCCCCCUGAUUCUGGUUUCAUGAAGAGAAGCUUUAUUCUUUCAUGUUAGAAAUAAAAUCAUAAACUGGAUCGUUUCCGUCUGAAACCAUAAAGAUCUGAUUUGCAGAGAGAAAACUGCAGCUUUUAAGUGGGUUUUAAAGGGUUUUUGUCUCAAACUGUUUAUUUGUUCACAUGGAUGAAGCUGUAGCUUGUAAACGUUUCUACCUUUUUCUGGACUGAAAUGACAUUUUUAUUUUCUGGAUUCUUCCUGACGUGAUGCUGAAAACAACAGCAGUCAGCAUAUUUCUGUCUCCAUGUUUUUACAGCGUUUUAAUGUCAGAGUUGAUUUUUUCUGCCUUCCUCCAAGCUGAAAUAAAGGCAGACUUAGUGAAAUCUGAA